AUGACUAUUGAAAAUGAAAAAAAAGUAGCCGGAAAAAAUAAUGAUCCUAGUGAAAGUAAAAAUAAUUUAGAGAUAGUUGCUACUGAUGAAAUAGGAAAUAUGAAUUCUGUGGACAAUGAACAAAAUACAAAUUUUGAAAACGAUUCAAUACAAUUAACGUUAGAAACAAUAAACAAAGAUGAAGAAAAUUUAGCAGUCAAAAAUUCAACAAUAGAAAAACGCUCGGGUGACGUUAAUGAAAAUGAUAUUAAGCAAAGAGCUGUAAACAAUUUAGCUGAAGAAAAAAAUGUAAAUACUAUAGCUGUGACGGAUCGGAAACCAACAAGACCAACAAGGAAGAGAAGUUAUCAAUUGCGUGCUUUGGCAAGAAAAACACUUUCAUAUCAAAAAAGACAGAAAUGUGUGAAUUUUUUUUGGGUAACGAUAUUUCCAUUGUUAAUGGUAUCCAUUGCUACUUUAGUUGGAUUUAUUAUUGAAGUAAUAACUCCAGAUCCUCCAGAAUACUUGUUAUGUUCCAAUUUAAACGCAUCAAGAUUAGAUGGAAGUAAAUAUCGAAUAAAAGAUAACAAUCCUAAUAUUCCAAGAACACCAUCGGAUCAAAUACCAAAUGCUCGCCCAAAUGAAAUAAUAAAAAAUUAUAAUUUGGAUUUUGUGAACAAUGUGACAAAUGAAUGUGUCUCUUGGUUCGGCAGAGAUUAUCCUUAUAGGGCUCCUUAUGAAAAUGAUCCACAAAUUUCGGACUCUAAUUUGCAAAAACGAGAUACAACUUUUUUACCGGAACCACAAUUUGGAUACUUUAAUUCUUUAGCCUCGACAAGAAACCUUCUCGUGAAAGAAACUUUCCCGUGGGCGUACGUACGAGAUGCUCCCGGUGUAUUUAGUGGUGAUAGACCUUUAAAUUCAGCAAACAUCACCGAUCCAUCCCAAUUUUCUCCCAAAGAUGCUUUUAAUUAUGGAUCUGGAUUACUUAGUAUGAUUGAUACACAAUAUUAUUUAAAUUUUUCGCAAGUUCAAUCAACAAACGCUACCAAACAAUAUAUUCCACUUCCAUAUUUUCAAAAAUGGAAUUCCGAUUCGACUGAAAAAGAAUUAGAUAUAGUAUUAAAAGAACAAUUAGAUUAUGUUCUCAAUCAGAUAAGGUCACUUAAUCCUAAUUCUACAAAUUUAUCAGAUUUAAAAAGUAAUUUGAUCACGCAAAUGCCAUGGGGAAUAAUUUUAUUCGAUAGUAUUGGUAAUAAAUCCCAAAAACAAUGGAAUUAUACCUUACAAUUUGGUUAUAAUGACCAACUUUACAAUUCUGUUUCGUUUCCUCAACCCGGGUUAAGGAAAACAGCCCAACAAAAUCAAUUGAGCAAUGCUAUUUUGAGAACCGUUCUUGAUAAUGGUACUGGAAUACCUUCGGUUACCACCGGAUUUCGUUCAAUGCCACAUCUUUAUCUUGAUGUAAUUAAUAUUAGACAACGUUAUUAUUCAUUAGCUGAUGUUAGACAACUUUAUUCAUCAUUAGUUGGAGGAAUCCUUUAUCCAUUUGGUGUUUCUUUUUUAUUACCAACUUUUGUUAUUGUUUUAGUUAAAGAAAAAGAAGAAAGAAUUGCCAUGAUGAUGAAAAUACAUGGACUUUCUUAUACUGUUUACUAUUUCACUCAUUAUUUUCAUUUCUAUAUUCUUUAUAUAAUAGCUUCUGCGUUAUUAAUAGUCCCUGGAUAUUAUUUAAAAUUGACAUUUUUCACUUUAACAGAUCCUUGGAUAAUUGGAAUUUUAUUUUUUAUUUGGGGACAUAUUCAAAUUGCAAUGGCAUUUUUAUUUUCCACAUUUUUUCAAAAAAGUCGAAAUGCUUUAAUAGUUACUUUUGUAAUAGUAUUAUGUAGUGUAUUAUUUUCUUUUGGAAUUGAAUUAGUUAAUCCUCCAAUAGAGGGUAAUUAUAUCCCUUUGAUUUAUUUUGUUUGGCCACCAUUCGCUUAUUAUAGAGCUUUGUCAAAUAUUAAUCAUUUAAGUUUUCUUGUUGAUUAUUUACCAAUGAAAUUGAGUAAUUUAAGACCUGGAAAUGAAGUGAUACCAUCAGAAUACGGAGUAAACAAAUCAUGGAACUUCAUCUUUUCCCAACUAUUCGCACAACCUCGUAGUUUUAUUACUCCAACAGCUUUAGAAGCUGGUAAAUAUGUAAAUGGUGAUGAAGAGGUUAAAAAUGAAAGAAUAAAUGUUUUAUCAAAUCAAUAUAGUGAUAACCCUUUGAUAGUAAAAUUUAUGACUAAAAUUUAUAAUAAUGGAAAAGUUGCUGUUAAAGAUAUUACUUUUGCUGCUGAAUAUGGUACAAUUUUUGGACUUUUGGGACCUAAUGGAGCGGGUAAAACAACUCUUAUAAACGUUUUAACAGGCUUAUAUAAACCAACUAAAGGUGAUGCUAUAUUGAACGGUUUAAAUAUUUCCACUUCAUUACAUGACAUUCAUCGAGAUAUUGGUGUUUGUCCACAAACUAGUAUUCUUUGGAAUAACCUCACAGUUGAAGAACAUCUUUUAUUCUAUGCUCGUAUCCGUGGUAUUCCUCCUUCUAAGGAACGUGAUGCUGUUACUUCUUCAUUAAAAGAAGUUCAGCUUUUCACUUUAAAAUCUAAAUUGGCUGAAACUUUAGAUAGCAGAGAAAGGAGACGUCUUUCUAUAGCUAUUGCAUUAGUAGGAGAUCCAGCUCUUGUAUUUUUGGAUGAGCCUACCACUGUAUUAGACCCAGAAUCUAGAAGAUUAAUUUGGAAAAUUAUUGCUAAUACAAAGAAAGAUGUUUCACCUAUAAACAACGGUACUAAUAAAGAAUCACAUAAUAAAGCUCUUACAAAAAAUAAUAGAACUAUAAUAUUGGCAACUCAUAGUAUGGAAGAAGCUGAAGUUUUAUGUAAUAAGAUUGGAAUUAUGUCAAGAGGAACUUUAAGAUGUAUUGGUGCACCAUCGAAAUUAAAACAACUUUAUGGACGUGGUUUCAGAUUAAAUUUUAAUUGUAAGGAAGAGAAUUUGGAAAAAGCUACUGUUGCAAAAAAAUUACACUCAUUUGCUACAAAUGCUUCAUAUGAAUUUGAAGCAAGACCUGGAUUUAUUUCUAAAAUAUUUAAAGAAGUUGAAAGAGAUAAAAAAGCAAAUGGAAUCGAUAAUUGGGGAUUAAGUCAAACAAGUUUAGAGGAAGUGUUUUUGAAGGUUAUUGGUGAAAUCGAUACUGAAAUUUCAUCAAAUGCAUAA